ACGAGGCAACGCCGCCGCACUCCUCAGUUAUUAUAAAACCUUUGCCGUACUAGAAUUCGUAACUCCGCUGUUGGGGAUUUAUAGUUCUGGUAGACCACGGAUAAACCCAAAUUAGUGCGCACGAGUCUCAGUUUUGGCAACUAAGAGCGCACGCUCAAAAAGAAGAAGAAGAAGAAAAGAAAAAAUAAACCACGGAUGCCAAAUAUAACGCAAGGUGUGCGCUCUGCUUCGGCUGUUUCUGCACCUUAUAGCUUCAUUCAACUGUGUCAGAUUUAUUUCACAGUUGUUUUAAUUUUAUACGCGCAUUAUGGAGUAUUGGAGGCAGUGCAGCUUGUGGCUGAUCAAUUGUAAAGUGUUGCCCCGGAGUCAUCGGGUCACGGCGGAUUCGGCGCAGGUUUUUGAUUUGGCCCAAACUCUUCGGGAUGGGGUGCUUCUGUGCCAGCUGCUGAACAAUCUCAGACCCGACACCAUUAACCUGAAAGAGAUCAAUCUCAGACCACAGAUGUCACAGUUCCUCUGCUUGAAGAAUAUUCGUACAUUCUUGUCUGCAUGCUGCGAAGCUUUUGGGAUGAAGAAGAGUGAAUUGUUUGAUGCCUUCGAUCUCUUUGAUGUCCGUGAUUUUGGAAAGGUCAUUGACACCCUAUCAAAACUCUCUCAUACAUCUUUUGCACAACAGAAAGCCAUCAGGUCAUUUCCCACGGAGGAAAGCACAGAAAAUGAAGACAUAUAUAUCCAUUUGGCAGAUCUUAUUGAUGAGGAGCUGGAGGAAUAUAUUUAUGACCCCGUGUACAGAGACGUAGAGGGAGGAGAGGUGUAUGAGGAUCUGAUGAGGACAGAGGCUGCUGCGUCUCAAGCGAAACAGGCCGAGGUGGACAUCAGAAGCUGCUGUCUUUUAGAGAUCAAACAGACAGAAGCCAAAUACACUGAGACCCUGGAGACAAUUGAGAAGUACUUUAUGAUUCCACUGAUAAAAUUCAUCUCGGCAACAGAAAUUGACAAGAUUUUCAUCAAUAUGCCAGACCUGGUUAAAAUUCACAAAAGCCUGUUGGCUGAGAUUCAAGACUCUGUUCAGAAUAAAAAUGCAGAAAACCUCCACCAAAUCUUCAUUAUUUACAAAGACAGGCUUCUACUUUAUGGUAAAUACUGCGGUCAUGUAGAGUCAGCCAUUUCUCUCUUAGACUUCAUCUGUAAGGAAAAAGAAGACGUUCGACUGAAACUAGAGGAAUGUUCGAAGAGAGCCAACAAUGGGAAAUUCACUUUGAGAGACUUACUUGUGGUUCCCAUGCAGCGAGUGCUGAAAUACCCACUACUGCUUCAGGAAUUGGUGAAAUAUACUAGUGACAACAAAGAAAAGAGCAACCUACGAUUAGCCCUUGAUGCCAUGAGAGACUUAGCCCAGUAUGUAAAUGAGGUGAAAAGAGACGUUGAAACUCUGAGAGAGAUUGAUCAGUAUCAGAGAUCCAUUGAGAAUUUGAACCAGUGCUUACUUUCUUAUGGAAGACCGAAGGGUGACGGUGAAGUCCGUUUGGUGUCAAAUGUGGACAAGCGCAGGCAGGACAGACAUAUUUUUUUGUUCGAUGUUGCUGUAAUCAUCUGCAAGAGGCGCGGGGACAACUAUGAGAUGAAGGAAGUAAUCGACCUCAACCAUUUCAAGAUCACCAAUAACCCCACUACUGAUAAGGACUGCAGAAAGUGGUGCUAUGGGUUCUACCUCACUCACCAGCAGGGGCAGAGUGGAUUUGAGUUCCUGUUCAAGACAAAAGAUCUGAAGAAGAAAUGGCUGGACCAGUUUGAGAUGGCCAUAUCUAAUAUUCGGCCUGAGAAUGCCACAUUUAACUCUCACCACUUCAGGAUGCACACUUUUGAGAGGGCCACCAGCUGCAGCUCCUGUCAUAUGCUUCUCAGGGGAAUUUUUAACCAAGGCUACCUUUGUCCUAAAUGCGGAAACGGGGCUCAUAAGGGUUGUCUUGGAAAACUAGGAGUCUGUGGAAGGGCAGGUGCUGCUGUUCAAAAAGCACAGAGAAAGACAACACCUAGGAAACAAGAAGACCCAGGUUUGCCAAAAAUGCUAGUCAUCAGAGACUAUUUUGGGGUUCCCAGUCCUCUGGGCGGACCGCCGCUGAAUGCUCAUAUUGGUGAUGUCAUAGAGGUCAUCUGUGCCGAUCCUCACAGCUCCUGGUGGCAGGGCAAAAUCCUGACAACACAAGAGGCCGGCUUCUUUCCAAGUGAUGCAGUCAAGCCCUGCCCAUGUGGACCAAGGACAGUUGACUAUUCAGCUCAACCCUGGUUCGCUGGACCCAUGGAGAGGCACCACGCAGAGUCUGAGCUCAUGGAGAGAGAGAACAGCACCUACCUGGUGCGAUACAGGAGCCGGGAGAGCAGAGAGUACGCUAUCAGCAUCAAGUACAACAAUGAUGUAAAGCACAUUAAGAUCCUCACCAAGGAGGGCUGUUUCUACAUUGCUGAAAGCAGGACGUUCAAGACUGUAUUAGGACUGGUUGAGUAUUACAAACAGCACUCUCUGAAAGAGGGUUUCCGUACUCUGGACACUACUCUGCAGGUGCCCUAUAAGGAGCUUGAUAGUGGAUUCAGACCUGCUGUUUUGACCCCGAGAGUGCUUGGCAUUGCAUUGGCACGAUAUGAUUUCGGCUCCAGAGAUACACGGGAACUCUCUCUGCAGGUGGGCGACCUGGUGAAGAUCUAUAUCAAGAGUACCAAUGGAUGGUGGAAAGGUGAAGUCAAUGGCCGGGUGGGAUGGUUCCCUUCAACUUAUGUGGAGGAAGAGGAAUGACCAGUGCAGGAAGUUAUCCUCUCUAUGCUGUCACAGUGAUAGGCCACUGCAGCUUGUUGGCUUUGGACUAGAAACGGAAUGGUGAACAUUGCACCCUCAUUUGAGCGAAGCACCACAAACACAGCAAUUAUCAGCCUCCUCUAAUGGGAUCCGGUGGACUGUGGUUGAGACCUGCAGCGUGAUGCAUCUGAGGCCCCGUCGGCUUUGACUGUUUAA